AUGCGCGCUUCUCUCUUGCGGCGACUGGUUGGAUUGACAGCGGCAUCCCCACGCCGCUGGCUGUGUGGCACGACGACGCCGUCGUCGCCAUCAAACCGGACGGACGUGGAGCCGUUGCGCAUCCUCUUCUGCGGUUCUGACGCCUUUAGCUGCGCAUCUCUCGGAGCUCUGCAUGCCGAGAUGCAGCGACAGGAUGGUCUCCCAAAGGACCACCGGGCGUCGCUGGCUGGUCGCAUCGCCUCGCUCGACGUGGUCGUCCGACCGGCCAAACGGACCGGACGCGGACUCAAACAAGUGGCAGACAGCCCGGUUAGAACCAUGGCCACAGAGCUGGGCCUCUGCGUCCAUGAACGGGACACCUUUACCGGCUGGCAGCCGCCGUCGGUCAACAUGAUCAUCGCCGUCUCCUUUGGCCUCUUUGUGCCGCCGCGGAUCCUCGGUGCAGCCCGCUACGGCGGCCUGAACGUGCAUCCGUCGCUCCUGCCAGAUCUACCGGGAGCUGCGCCCAUCGAGCAUGCCAUCCUGUCCGGUCGCGAACGCACCGGCGUGACUGUGCAGACGCUAGACGACAAGGCCUUUGAUGAGGGUCACAUCCUCUUGCAGGGACCCAAAGCUGAAGCUGAAGAAGGGGCUUUCGGCCUCGCCAUCCCGCCGAGCUGCACCGCGGACGAGCUGCACCGCCUUCUGGCUCCCUUGGGCGCUGACCUCCUCAUACAGGCGCUACGUCGAGGACUGUAUCUUCCUGGAGCUGUUGCUGCUUCGGCUGCAGCCAAAAUCCUGCCGCCCGGCUUCGUUCCCGUCCUCGCAUCCAAGCUGUCCAAGGCCGACCAGCAGGUGCCGUGGAGACUGCACCAGCACAGCCAGUCAGCAACAGCAACAGCAGAAGACAUUGACAGGCGUGCCCGUGCACUCGGUCCGCUUUGGACGCACUUGGCGGUGCCGCAAGGCCGACAAUCGCCGAUGCCCACGCAGAAACGCGCCAUUCUAGGCGACAUCGAGCUGGUCACGUGCCCUGACCAGAUGGCACCGCUGCUCCAAAGGCAGGCCGCUGAAAGCAGUCGUGCCGAAACCAAGGACUCGCCAUGCGCAUUCCAGACGGCCACUUUUGUCCAGAGAGACGGCCAACACCAGACUGCAGUCGCACUGCCGUUCACUGUAUCCCCCGACGGCAGCGAAAGCAUUAUUCUUCCUGCUGGCAUCUCAUCCCGAGCCUCCGACUCUUCCUCUUGCAUCCGCAUCGGCACCAUCAAGAUCGAAGGCGACCGUGCCAAGCCUGCAGCCCGGGCCAUCGCCGGGUUCUCUCACAACGAAACAACACUCGGACAAGUUGCCUGGUACGUGGUUUUCCGCCAGUAG